GCUCUCUGUGCAGGAAGCAGCUCCCUGGCUCUGUCUGUGCUGGACGCCAAGAGCAAUCAAGGCCGACAGCGACAGACAACGAUAGCAACGAGCAAAAAGGCAACUCCAACUCCCGGUCCCCAGCCCCUUGCCCAGCUGGCUGGAGGCCCCCAGCGAGCAGUGGUCAGGGGCAGUGGUCAGGUCAGUCCUGCCACUGUCAGAGACUGAGGAGGAGGAGAGACCCUUUGCCGAAAUGGACCGCCAGCUUUCCCGGUGGGAAGGUGACAGUGACGAGGAGCUUUCCCACUGGGAAAAGGUGAUAGUAAGAGAGAGGUACCAACAGCAAGUGCUGAGAUGCCAAGAAAUUUUCCAUCGAGGAGCCAGGAGGAGCCAAAUGCUGUACCUAUGCCAGGAGGAGCAUGUGAGCAGUCAGGAGCUGUGCCAAUGGAGAAGGGACAUCCGCUCCAAGAUGUGGGACAGAGCCUUGCGACCAGGGAGUGAGGAGGAGCCCCAGCCCUGUCGCCAGAGUCCCACAGAGGCUGAGCCGACAGCUGCUGCCCCAGCCAGGGCUGCUGAGAAGGAAGAGCUGCCUGAGAUUCUCAUUCCUGAGGAGGAUGAGAACAUCAAUGAGGAGAUCCUGAUCCAGGGACUGACGGACAUCUACAAACUGUUGGAGAAGCUGGAGGAAGAGUAUGCCCUCCAACAACAGCUGAGUGUAGAAGAACAAACACAGCCCAGCUCUGCCAGCGCCAUAGGCAUGGAGGUGGCAGCAGAGGCAGCACCUGCCCUGCCCUGCACCUCCCCUGUCCCGGGCAGUCCCACAGAGGCCAAGCCAGCAGCUGCUGCCCCAGCUGCAGCUCAUGAGAAGGAAGAGCUGCCCAAGCCUCUCACUCCUGAGGAGGUAAAGGCAGCAGCUUCUUCUGUCUUCAGUGAAGAACUGCCAUCGCCAGGGACACAGAGCUCAUCCAGUGUCCCCUCCGACACCCUGACCAGCAGCCAGGCUUCACUAUGCCAGGAUCAGGACAACACCGAGGAGAUCCUGAUCCAGGGACUGACUGAAAUGUACCAGCUGAUGGAGAAGCUGGAGGAAGAGUAUGCCCUUCAACAACAGAUGGCUGUAGAAGAAUCACAGCCCAGCUCUCCCAGCCCCGUGGGUGCAGCAGUGCCAGCAGAGACAGCGCCUGCCCUGCCCUGCCCCUCUCCUUCCCCACAGAGUCCCACAGACCAGAUCAUCUACAGGGAGACCCUGAGCCAGGUGCUGCAGGAAAUGCAGGCACUGAAGCAGCAGGUGGCAGCCCUUCAACAGAGCUUGGAUGUAAGAGAGUCAGCAGUGGCAGCUAGAAGGGAAGAGAGAUCAGUGCCUGCCCCGCAGAGCAUCCCUCCUGCCCCACAGAGGCCCACCGAGCAAGACACCAACAGGGAGGUCCUGAGCCAGGUGCUGCACGAGCUCCAGGCACUGAAGCAGCAGCAGAACGAAGUCCAUGCCCUUCAACAGCAGUUAGCAGACAAAAUGGAAUCACUUGAGACAGCCAAAAGGGAAGAGAGCUCAGUGCCUGCCCCGCACAGCCCCCCCAGCCCCUGGCCUGCCCAGCUGGGAGUCCACGCCCCCAGGGAGCAGCUGGAGGAGGCAGCAGUGGGGUCAGCAGCACAGGCAGAGGUGGAGAGGAUGGAUGAUUCAGAUGAAGAAAUGAAAUGGUGGCAGUUCUUGGAUGAUCUGGAGCCUUUCCUGGUGAGAGAACCAGAGCUGUCCCGGGUGUCUGUCACAGGACACACUAUGAGAUUUUCUUUGGCAGAAGGGAUCCCGGAGCUUGUCCCUUGUGAGGCUCCUGUUGAGCACCCGGCACAGGAGCCGUGCAGCCAAGGGCCAGUGCCUGCCCCACAGAGCCCCCCCAGCCCCCAGCCUGUCCAGCUGAGAGCCCAGGCCCCCAGACAGCAGCAGCAGGAGGGGCCAGCAUCAGCAUCCGUGUGGGCAGUGCAAGAGAGCGAGGAAGGGAGCUUGGCUGGGGAGGACAAAGAGGGGGUAUAUGCCAUCGAGACAGAGCCUUCCCAGUGGGAAAAAAAGGAAGGCCCUGAGCAGGAGGUGUCCGAGGAAGAGCUCUCUGACUGGGAAGAGAGCACAGAGGAAGAUGUGUCCCAGGGAGAAGAGUGCCCUGAGCAGGAGGUGUCCCAGGAAGAGUUUUCUGACUGGGAAGAGCGCACAGAGGAGGAUGUGUCCCGGGGAGAAGUAGCAAGUCACCAUGAAGACUGUGCCUGGGAGGAGUACUUCCCUGAGCAAGAACUGUCCCAGGGGGAAGUCAGCAGCUCCCGAGACCUCUCCGACUGGGAAGAAAACACUGGGCAAGGGCUGAUUGGAGGAGAGAUCAUCAGCUGUGCCGAACAUUCUGCCAGGGAAGAAUACAUUGGGCAAGACCUCUCCCAAAGGGAAGCCUGCGUUGCCCAAGACAUAACGAGAGAGAAUGGCAGCAGACUCUCAGGAUGCUCCAGUGCAGAAGAUAAUAGCUGUGAGGAGCUUGUGCAGGAGAACUGUGAAGAUGAGAGUGACCAUGGCAUCAGGACUAAGCCCUCCUUCUUCCCAGAGGAAGAAGAGAGGGAUGACAUGAGCAUCCUAGAGCUGCAUCCAGAAGACCAAGAACUAAACUGGAGAAUUUUUGCAGCAGACGGGCUCCGAGUACCCAUCACUCAUGAGGCCUGGGUUGAGGAGCAGGAACCACAGCUGCACAGCCCAGGGCCCCUCUGUGCCUCGGUCAUGCCCCUGAAAGGCCAAAUCCCUGUGGGACAUGGAGCUUCUCUUCCUUUCAAGAAGCCAGAGGAAGGGAGAGAGAGCUGGGUGCCUGCCCCACACAGCCCCUGGCCUGGCCAGCUGGGAGCCCAGUCCUGCCAUGGGCAGCUGGCUCCCUUUAGGAAACGUCCGUCCCGCUUCAGGCGGGCGCUGCGGGCGCUGCAGGGGCUGUUCCUCUGUCCCUGCCUGAGGCCACGGCCAGAGGAGUAAAACGACAAGGAUAAGAUGAAGAAAAGGAAAAAGAUGAAGACAAAGAAAAUGAAGGAGAAACAGAUGAGAAACGGAUGAAGAAGAUGAAGACAAAUAAAAUGGAGAUGAGGAAGAAGAUGAAAAAGAUGAUGAAGAGGACAAAGGAGAUGAAGAAGACAAUGAAGUGAAAAUGAAGAUGAUGAUGGAGGCAAACAAGACAAUGAAGACAAAGUUGAGAAAGAUAAUGAAGAAGAAGAUGACUGUCUCAAGUUUGGAGACAAAUUUAACAGAGGAUACUCCAAAAAGAGCCAAAAUUCCUGGAGACUGGGCAAACACUGAAGACAUUCCCCUUCCUGACUUGGGCUGCGAGAUGGCACCAGCUUUCACGCUGAGGGAAGUGGAGCUUGCACGGAGGAGUUCCAUGCAGCAGGAGGCACAGCCCUGGAGGCUCUCUGGGCUCCACCUCCUGCCCAGGUCAGACACAGCAGCCGGGCUGGAGUCUCUGGCUGUACUUCCUCUGCUCGCCUCGGCUCCCCAAGGCUUAGGGCUGGAA